CCACCCACCAACCACCAUAUUGAAAAAUAUAUCAGUUUAUCGAUGAUGUGAAGUCUCGAUGAUGAAUUAGUGAUUGUGAUAUUGGUGAAUAUUGAUGUUUCUCAGCAAAAAUGUCUGGAAAUUUUGGAAUGCAACAGCUCAUACCCAUUGUCAACAAAUUGCAAGAUGCAUUUGUUCAAAUGGGUGUGCAUAUGUCCCUAGAUCUACCACAAAUUGCGGUAGUGGGUGGUCAAUCAGCAGGAAAAAGUUCAGUGUUAGAAAAUUUUGUCGGCAGGGAUUUCUUGCCCCGUGGGUCUGGUAUUGUAACCAGACGACCAUUGAUUCUACAAUUGAUAAAUGGAAAUGCAGAAUAUGCCGAGUUCCUGCAUUGCAAGGGCAAAAAGUUCACAGACUUCAAUGAAGUACGUUCUGAGAUUGAAUCUGAGACAGAUCGCAUCACUGGAUCUAACAAAGGCAUUUCCCCAGUGCCUAUCAACUUGCGAGUCUAUUCACCAAAUGUACUCAACUUGACGUUGAUCGAUUUGCCCGGGCUCACGAAGGUGCCCAUCGGCGACCAGCCUAUAGACAUCGAACAGCAGAUCAAAGCCAUGAUCUUCCAGUUCAUCAGGCGCGAAUCCUGCCUCAUUCUCGCUGUCACACCAGCCAACACCGAUCUGGCGAACAGCGAUGCCCUUAAACUUGCCAAAGAAGUGGAUCCACAAGGUCUGCGCACAAUCGGUGUGAUCACCAAGCUGGAUCUCAUGGACGAGGGCACGGACGCGCGCGACGUGCUCGAGAACAAGCUGCUGCCGCUGCGGCGCGGGUACAUCGGCGUCGUCAACCGCUCGCAGAAGGACAUCGACGGACGCAAGGACAUAUCCGCAGCGCUGGCCGCGGAGAGGAAGUUCUUCCUUAGCCACCCAUCCUACCGCCACAUCGCGGACCGGCUCGGCACACCGUACCUGCAGAGAGUGCUCAACCAACAGCUCACGAACCACAUCAGAGACACGCUUCCAGGUCUACGGGAUAAACUGCAGAAGCAACUGCUAGCGCUCGAGAAGGAUGUGGAACAGUACAAGCACUUCCGACCUGAUGAUCCGUCUAUCAAGACUAAGGCUAUGCUGCAAAUGAUCCAGCAACUGCAAACAGACUUCGAGAGAACGAUCGAAGGUUCUGGAUCGGCGCAGAUCAACACGAACGAGCUGUCGGGCGGUGCCAAGAUCAACCGCUUGUUCCACGAGCGGUUCCCAUUCGAGAUUGUAAAAAUGGAGUUCGAUGAGAAGGAACUGCGUAGGGAGAUCGCUUUCGCUAUCCGAAAUAUUCACGGUAUUAGGGUUGGUCUGUUCACACCCGACAUGGCGUUUGAGGCAAUCGUAAAGAAGCAGAUAGCUCGACUAAAGGAGCCUUCUCUCAAGUGCGUGGAUCUCGUUGUGCAGGAGCUCUCCAACGUAGUGCGCGUUUGUACGGAAAGGAUGUCCCGCUACCCACGCCUCCGCGAAGAGACGGAACGCAUCAUAAUGUCGCACGUGCGUUCCCGCGAGCAGCAGUGCAAGGACCAGCUCGUGCUGCUCAUCGACUGCGAGCUGGCCUACAUGAACACCAACCACGAGGACUUCAUCGGGUUCGCCAACAAACGACGGCACACAUCUUAUAAUGAUGUUGAUGAAAAUAAUCGCGCACAGAAUCAGUCUGAAAAUGCGGCUAAGUCAGGUCACCGGGCGCUCGGGAACCAAGUCAUCAGGAAAGGGUACAUGUGCAUACACAACUUGGGAAUAAUGAAAGGAGGCUCCCGCGACUACUGGUUCGUGCUCACGUCGGAGAGCAUCUCGUGGUUCAAGGACGAGGAGGAGCGCGAGAAGAAGUACAUGCUGCCGCUCGACGGGCUCAAGCUGCGCGACCUCGAGCAGGGCUUCAUGUCGCGCCGCCACAUGUUCGCGCUCUUCAACCCGGAGGGCAGGAACGUGUACAAGGAUUACAAGCAACUGGAAUUGUCAUGCGAAACCCAAGACGACGUGGAUUCCUGGAAGGCGUCGUUCCUCCGAGCUGGUGUGUACCCAGAGAAGACUUCAGAAGCGGCCAACGGCGAAGAGGGCGAAGGAAACGAGAGGAGUAAUUCUGACUCGAGCGGCACAAGCAGUAUGGACCCGCAGCUAGAGAGGCAAGUGGAGACGAUCCGGAAUCUGGUCGACUCGUACAUGCGCAUAGUCACCAAGACCACGAGGGACCUCGUGCCGAAGACGAUCAUGAUGAUGAUCAUCAAUAAUGCCAAAGAUUUCAUUAACGGCGAACUGCUUGCGCACCUGUAUGCGUCUGGUGAUCAGUCGCAAAUGAUGGAGGAGUCGCCGGAGGAGGCGCUGAAGCGCGAGGAGAUGCUGCGCAUGUACCACGCGUGCAAGGAGGCGCUGCACAUCAUCGGCGACGUGUCGAUGGCCACGGUGAGCACGCCCGUGCCGCCGCCCGUGAAGAACGACUGGCUGGAGAGCCGGCUGGACUCCAACCCGCGCCUGUCGCCGCCCUCGCCCGGCGGCCCGCGCCGCGCCGCGCCGCCGCAGCAGAGUUCGCUAGGGCAGCGCGGCGCCCCCCCGCAGCCCGCGGGCGGCGCCGGGCGGCCCGCGCCCCCGCUGCCCUCGCGGCCCGGCGGCGCCGCCCCGCCCCCGCCCGGCUCGCGCCCCGCGCCCGGCGCCGGCCUGCCCGCGCCCCUCAUACCCACGCGUGGGGGCGGCGCGGCGGGUGCUGCCUUGGGCGCAGUGAGCCAGCUGCCGCCGCACAUGCGCCAGCAGGUCAACCAGGCGGUCGGCCAGGCCGUCACCAACGCCGCCAUCAACGAGCUCAGCUCCGCCUUCGCGAGAUUCAACCGCCCGGUGCCAAACGUGCCGCCAAAGCUGCCUGAACGACCGCAGAAUGGACGGCCAUUUUGAACUACGUCCGCUUCGCCGCCAUUUUGUGAUAAUUAUUCAGUGUAAAUAUGUUACUAUUCGUCUGUAUAUUGCUUUAGCGUAAUAUUUAAUGCAUAGCAUUAUUUUCGGUUAAGUAGAAAAGUAGUAUGUAUUAGUAGUAUUCUCUACAUAAUGUUUGAAAUUGAAAAUGGCACGAUUUUUGUAAUCUAUAUUUUUGAAUGUGCUGUAAUACUUAAGCAGGUUUAUUGUUGACAAUAUUAAAUUUUUAUGAAAGAUUUGAUUCGGUAGUCAAUAUUCAUUGAACAGUGUUUAAAUUAAAAGUAUUACUGUGUAAAUCAAGGCAUAAUUUAGUCAAGUGUCUGCAAAAAAUGUAUUUGUGAUUUCUCCUAUGAAUGUUAUUUUAUUAGUAAAAACCUAGACGAGAUUGAUUGUAGAGUAAAUAACAGAAUGUUACCAAUAAAAAUAAUGAAAAAAAUAUAAAAAGUAUUAAAAUUUUAGGUGUAAUAAAAUUAUUUAAUUCAUAGAUUUUGGCUAGAAUUCACAAGUUACAAAUACAAUUUUAAUGAAAUUAUAUUCGUAUUUUCAAUUGCUUGCCAUUCAGAAGGCUAUAAAUAUUCUGUGUUUGCUUCGGAAAUGUUAAAACCAUAGCUAAUA